GAGCCAAUCAGGCGGUGCGGUCCUGGGCGCCCCAAUGGCGGGCCAGGGGGCGGGGCAAGGCCCGGAGGGGCCGAAGGGUCAGGCUGCCGCUGCGGCCCCGGGCCCAGAGCCUGUGCCUUCAGCUCGGGCUCAGGCCGCUGUGCACCCCGUGCGUCGCCGCCAUGCCGCUCAGCCGCAGCCUGUCCGUGUCCUCUCUGCCCGGCCUGGAGGACUGGGAGGAUGAGCUGGACCUGGACAACGCCGUGCUCUUCGAGGUGGCCUGGGAGGUGGCCAACAAGGUGGGGGGCAUCUACACCGUGCUUCAGACCAAAGCCAAGGUGACCGGUGACGAGUGGGGGGAUAACUACUACCUGGUGGGGCCCUACACAGAGCAGGGAGUGCGGACCCAGGUGGAGCUCCUGGAGCCCCCCACCCCAGCCCUGCGCAAGACCCUGGAUUCCAUGAACAGCAAGGGCUGCAAGGUGUACUUCGGCCGCUGGCUGAUUGAGGGCAGCCCCCCCGUGGUGCUGCUGGACGUGGGGGCUGCCGCCUGGGCCCUGGAGCGGUGGAAGGGCGAGCUCUGGGACACCUGCAGUAUCGGGGUCCCCUGGUACGACCGUGAAGCCAACGACGCAGUUCUCUUUGGUUUUCUCACCACUUGGUUCCUGGGUGAGUUUUGGGCGCAGAGUGAAGAGAAGCCGUUCAUCGUGGGCCAUUUCCACGAGUGGCUGGCGGGGGUGGGCCUGUGCCUAUGCAGGGCCCGGAAGCUGCCAGUGGCCACCAUCUUCACCACGCACGCCACGCUGCUGGGCCGCUACCUCUGCGCCGGGGCCGUGGACUUCUACAACAAUCUGGAAAAUUUCAACGUGGACAAGGAGGCAGGGGAGCGGCAGAUCUACCACCGGUACUGCAUGGAAAGAGCAGCUGCCCACUGUGCUCACGUCUUCACCACCGUGUCCCAGAUCACAGCCAUCGAGGCACAGCAUCUGCUGAAGAGGAAGCCAGAUAUCGUGACCCCCAACGGACUCAAUGUGAAGAAGUUCUCGGCUAUGCAUGAGUUUCAGAACCUGCAUGCCCAGAGCAAGGCUCGGAUCCAGGAGUUUGUGAGGGGCCAUUUCUAUGGCCACCUGGACUUCAAUCUGGACAAGACCCUAUACUUCUUCAUCGCCGGCCGCUACGAGUUCUCCAACAAGGGCGCCGAUGUCUUCCUGGAGGCCCUGGCCCGCCUCAACUACCUGCUCAGGGUGAAUGGCAGUGAGCAGACCGUGGUGGCCUUUAUCAUGCCUGCGAGAACCAACAACUUCAACGUGGAGACCCUCAAGGGCCAGGCCGUGCGGAAGCAGCUCUGGGACACGGCCAACACAGUGAAGGAGAAGUUUGGGAGAAAGCUCUACGAAUCCCUUCUGGUUGGCAGCCUCCCAGACAUGAACAAGAUGCUGGACAAGGAGGAUUUCACCAUGAUGAAGAGAGCCAUCUUCGCCACACAGCGGCAGUCCUUCCCCCCUGUGUGCACCCACAACAUGCUGGAUGACUCCUCGGACCCCAUCCUUACUACCAUCCGCCGCAUAGGCCUCUUCAACAGCAGCACUGAUCGGGUCAAGGUGAUCUUUCAUCCGGAGUUCCUCUCCUCCACCAGUCCCCUGCUCCCAGUAGACUAUGAGGAGUUUGUCCGGGGCUGCCACCUGGGAGUUUUCCCCUCCUACUACGAGCCCUGGGGCUACACGCCUGCGGAAUGCACUGUCAUGGGGAUCCCAAGCAUCUCCACCAACCUCUCUGGUUUCGGCUGCUUCAUGGAGGAACACAUUGCGGACCCCUCUGCCUACGGCAUCUACAUCCUUGACCGGAGGUUCCGAAGCCUGGACGACUCCUGCACCCAGCUGACCUCAUUCCUGUACAGUUUCUGCCAGCAGAGCCGGAGGCAGCGGAUCAUUCAGCGGAACCGCACGGAACGGCUCUCUGAUCUGCUGGACUGGAAGUAUCUAGGCCGGUAUUACAUGUUCGCCCGCCACAUGGCCCUGGCCAGGGCCUUCCCAGAUCAUUUCACAUAUGAGCCUCAUGAUGCUGAUGCUACACAGGGCUUCCGUUACCCACGGCCAGCCUCAGUGCCCCCAUCACCUUCACUGUCUCGCCACUCCAGCCCCCACCAGAGUGAGGGGGAAGAAGAGGAAGAGGGGGAGGAGAAUGGCCCCCGCAAGCCAGGCUACGAGGAGGACAGUGAACGCUACAAUGAGGAUGAGGAAGCCGAAAAAGACCGAAGGAACAUUCGUGCUCCUGACUGGUCCCGGCGGGCCUCAGCUGCCAAGAGGGGCUCUGUGGAUACAGCCCCCUCCAGUUCUCCCAGCACGCCCAGUGAGCCCCUCAGCCCUGCCAGCUCUCUGGGUGAGGAGCGCAAUUAAGUAGGGCCUGCCAGGCUCUCCCUCCCUUCCUCCUGGCCCCAGGCCGCCAGCUCCUUGAUUCUAAAUCCAGACAGCCCCAUCUGUUCUGCACAGGCUGUGUAACGUCUUCUAGAGCCUGCUUCCUAAGGGAUGCCUUAAGGGAGGGUCCCCAAGACCUCCCACCUUUCUACCAGUCUCUGCUCUAGAACUCCAGGGGCCCCAGUUUCCAGGACCACUUUAUUCUAGAACUGAGCUGCCUAUGUCCCCUCUGUGAGAAUUCCAUCAUCCACAUUUUAGAGGACAGUAAGCACCCUGGCUUGGCAGCUCCUGUGGUACACUCCAGGCAGGCCCCUGCCCCAGACCGGGACCUGCCACCCUCUCCCUGGUGGCCCCUGCGGCUCUUGGCAGUUUCACUAUCAUGCACUCCCAGAUGAUCCCCACCUACACCCUUGGCCUGUCCCCACUACCCUAGAACCUGGCUAUGCUCAAGACCAAGGGCUUUAUGUGUAUCUGUGUGUGUGUGUGUGUGUGUGCAAUGUCUGUGACAACCCCCAGCCCAGGGGGAGGGCCAAUAGCUGGGGAAUUAAUUAUCCUUCCAGGGAUGAAAAGGCCUAUAUGUUUAAAGAAUAAAAGGUUUUUCUCCACCACUGAC